CUAGGCCAGAGACAAUGUAAUUCACUUUGUACCAAUAAUUUACCAAAGCAAUGGCCCCUCUCACAUUAACGCUUCUUUUUGCCAAACUACUCAUAUUGUCCCCUUCAACUUCAUCUGCAUCCGAUACCAUUAACGGUUUGCAGUCCCUUACUGAUGGCACUACCUUGGUCUCAAAAGAUGGAACUUUUGAAAUGGGUUUCUUCAGUCCAAGCAAUAGUAACCGCUACCUUGGAAUCUGGUACAAAAGUAUCCCAGUUAGAACCGUUGUUUGGGUUGCCAACCGUGAAAACCCGGUUAAGGACAAAACCAGCAAGUUGAGCAUAAGCACACAAGGAAAACUUGUGAUCCUUAGCAACAACAAUACUCUUGUUUGGUCAGCAAACUCAACUGACAAAACACAUUCCAUGAGCCUAAUUGUUCAGCUUUUAGACUCAGGGAACUUGGUACUAAGAGAUGAGAAAGACACAGAUUCAGAAAACUACUUGUGGCAAAGUUUUGACUACCCUUGUGAUACUUUUUUGCCAGGAAUGAAGAUUGGAUGGAACCUUAAAAAGGGUCUUGACCGGCGUUUAACGGCGUGGAAGAAUUGGGAUGAUCCUUCUCCAGGGGACUUCACUUGGGGUAUGGUGCUUAGUAACAAUCGUGAAUUGGUUAUGUGGAAAGGUUCUAAAGAGUAUUAUAGGAGUGGCCCAUGGAAUGGUGUUAGAUUCAGUGGCAAAACCACUCCACUUUUUAACUUGGAAUUUGAGUCGUCUCCUGAUGAAGUGUUUUACAGAUACAACCAGAAGAAUAAGUCAUUGAUUACAAGAGUUGUUUUGAACCAAACCCUUUAUUCUCGCCAGCGCUAUAAUUGGAUUGAAGGCAACCAAACGUGGAGUCAUUAUUCAUCAGUGCCUACAGACAAAUGUGACGACUACAAUCUUUGUGGUCCAAAUGGGAAAUGUAUUGUGACUGAGUCACCACCCUGCCAGUGUUUAAGGGGCUUCAAGCCAAAAUCAGUUCAGAAUUAUGAGGCAUUGGAUUGGAGUCAAGGUUGUGUGCUUAGUGAACCGUGGAGCUGUGAAGUAAAAAACAAAGCUGGUUUUGAAAAAUUUAGUGGGUUGAAAUUGCCAGAUACUGCAGGGUCUUGGGUUGAUGAAAAUUUGUCACUUGAGGAUUGCAAGGCUAAAUGCUUGCAAAACUGUUCUUGCACUGCAUAUUCAAGUUUAGAUAUCAGAGAUGGUAGUGGUUGUAUCAUUUGGUUUGGAGCUUUGCUUGACUUAAGGGUGGCUUCACUUCCCGGGCAAGAUCUAUAUAUUCGAAUGGUUGCUUCAGAAACUGAAAAGGGAAGGCAUAAGAAAGUGGUCGCAGUGGUGAUUCCGAUUAUUCUCUUGGCUUUUGUGAUUGUUUUCAUUUUCAUAUAUAAGUACUGGCGGAAAAGAAAGCUUGGAGAAAAAUCAUCAGAAUUCGAAGAAAAGAAAUACGAAGACUCAUGUGAAGAAGACUUGGAGCUUCCUUUCUUUGAUUUUGCUACAAUAGUCCGUGCCACUAAUGACUUCUCAUGUGACAAGAGGCUCGGCCAAGGUGGUUUUGGACCUGUGUAUAGGGGUACGCUAGAAAAUGGACAAGAGAUUGCUGCGAAGAGGCUUUCAAAUAAUACUGGACAAGGACCGAAAGAAUUUAAGAAUGAAGUUAUAUUAUGUUCCAAACUUCAACACCGAAAUCUUGUUAAGCUUCUUGGUUGUUCCAUCCAAGAAGAGGAAAAAGUGCUCAUCUAUGAAUACAUGCCUAAUAAAAGUCUAGAUUCCUUUCUCUUUGAUUCUUCCCAAAGUGAAUUCCUAGACUGGUCUAAGCGCUUUAACAUUAUAGUUGGAAUUGCUCGCGGACUUCUUUAUCUUCAUCAAGAUUCUAGACUAAGAAUCAUUCAUAGAGAUAUGAAAGCAAGUAAUAUUCUUCUUGAUAGCGACUUGAAUCCAAAAAUUUCAGACUUUGGUGUAGCGCGAAUGUUUAGUGGAAAUCAAACAGAAGGGAAUACCAAAAAGGUGGUUGGAACAUAUGGAUACAUGGCUCCAGAAUAUGCAAUUGAUGGGCUAUUCUCUAUCAAAUCUGAUGUCUAUAGCUUUGGUGUACUAUUAUUGGAGAUAGUAACUGGAAAGAAAAACAGGGGAAUUUUCUUUCCAGAUCAAGGAUUCAAUCUAUUAGGACAUGCGUGGAAAUUGUGGAAAGAGGACACUCCAAUGGAAUUAGUUGAUGCUACUUUGGGUGAAACCUUUACCAUAUCAGAAGUACUACGCUGCAUUCACGUUGGUCUUCUAUGUGUGCAACUACAUCCAGAGGAUAGACCAAACAUGGCAUCAGUGAUUUUCAUGUUAAGCAGUGAAAACAAUUUGCCACAACCUAAGGAACCCGCUUUUCUGAUUGAAAGGAUGAAGAUUGCUGGAGAAUCUUCAACUAGCAAUGAAAUUAAGACUUCAACAAAUGAAUUAACUGUGACACUGCUAGAGGCUAGAUAGAGUUGUUUUAGCAUACUUUUGUGUCAUGUAAGUUCAGUAUUCUAUUUACUCCACAGUCUUCAUGAGUUAAUGUUCUAUCUAUAUAGCAUAUAGCCCAUUUUGUCUCAGGAAAAACAUCAUACAUAUACUUUUCUUGAAUUGGUUGAAGACUUAAAGUAAUAUGAUGGAUAGUUCUUUCAAAAUUUAAUCACAAUUUCACGUUUCA